GCUUUGCAAGGCUGAGAUGGAAUGCAUGCGACUGCCCGCCCUUCUUCCUGCAAGCCCACAGCCCACAGCCCACCACUCCCAUUCCUACAGCCCAUACACAUAGACCGCCGACCGACCUCCCCGCCCAUUAUCUCCUCUCUUCACCAUCCACACCCGGAGAGACUCUGAAGAUGGCGCGAAACUCAGAAAAAGCGCAGUCGAUGCUCUUCCGCUUCCGCGAGGCCCAGGCCGCGGACCUAGGAAUCAUCGACGCCGGCCGGACGCGGCGGCCAAAGCUCAUCACGGAGCAGGACUCGAUCCCGAACUGCGAAAAGUGGCGCGGCCAGGUGCUCAAGGAGAUCAGCCGCAAGGUCUCGCGCGUGCAGGACCCCGCCCUGAGCGACUACCAGAUCCGCGACGUCAACGACGAGAUCAACAAGCUCAUGCGCGAGAAGUACAUGUGGGAGGUGCAGAUCCGGAACCUGGGCGGGCCCAACUACAUGAGGGGCGGCGGCGGCGGCGGCAAGAUGUACGACGAGCAGGGGAGGGAGAUCCCGGGCGUGGGGAACAAGGGGUACAAGUACUUUGGCCGGGCGAGGGAGCUGCCCGGCGUCAAGGAGCUGUUCGAGGCCGCGGCGAAGGCGAGGUCCGACGCCCGGGGCGACGGCGACAGGCCGCUCGAGGCGAGGGACGACCUGCGCAAGGCCGUCGACGCCGCCUACUACGGCUACGCCCCCGACGAGGAGGACGACGAGCUGCUGGCCUACGAGCAGGCCAAGGAGGCCGCGGCCUUUGAGAACCUGGCCAAGACGGGCAAGAAGGAUGUGCCGCCGGACUGGGAGCCGCUACCUGGUGACGCCGGCGACGGGAGGGGCUGGGAGCUCCCGACCGUAGACGAGGUGCAGGAGGAACUGAUAGAUCGCAGGAGGAGAAAACUGCUCGAUCAGUUCUGACAAGGCCUUUAGGAGGAGGCCUCUAGGUAUUCGGUGCUCAUUUUCACCUUACAAUUUGCAUUUUCCGGAGUCGGUGGUUCUCAGGGUCAAUGAAUUUCUAAAUUACCAUUUCCAAAAUCACGAUGCUAAUGUACGUACUCCAUUCUGUGUGUCAAGAUAUACGACCAUGUCCCAUACGCCGUGUCCUCCCCCAGUGUACACAAUUCUCCGAGUAUUGCGACCGUAAAUAAAAACUUGGCGGGCUCUCCGGCGCUUAGCACUUAUCGUCCCAAUUCUCCUUGACCCACUUGGCCAGCAUGUCCGUGAAGGGAGCCUCGUCCCACAGUUGGACAUGCGUCUCGUUGUAAUCGCCGCCACUGAACUUCAAAGCCAUCAGGACCCAGGGCGUGAUAAAGUCAGUAAACACCAGGUCCACUGUCUCUGGUGCGCCUUCUGGCGGCAUACCAAUAUCAGCUUGGAUGCAGUUUGGCUGUGUGUAGAAGUUGAUUGGGGCGUGCACGGCAUCGUCGCCAUCAGUCCCAACGUCGUCCUUUGUCGUGUACCCACUCACAAGGUCCGGCUCGUCUGUGGCGUCACCCAACGGCUUCUGUCCAUCGCCAUACAGCAUACUUUGCGCAGCGGCCGGGCUCGGGUAGACGAUGUCCUCGGUGAUGUGCCACUGCUCGGGGGGGCCCAUCAUCCUCGAGUCGAAGGCGGGCUGGUCGAGGAUCUGACCCUGGUUGUUCAACAGGGGCAGCACCUUCUUUGCGAUAGUGUAAGGCACUUCGGGUAUAUAUGUCAUCUUGCUUUGGAAUGGAGAGACGAUGUAGGUGGUGUCAAGGGUAAAAGGGCCCUUGAAAAUGUCGAAACGGAUUGCUCCCGUGUUGAUGAUAGCAAGCCUUGGGAUGUCUUUCCGUGACUCUUUCACGAUAAUGUCAGGCAGUACCUGUUGGUCAAGCAACGUGAAGACGCUAUCGUUGCUGGGAUAUUUUGUCCUAGCCAUCCAGUAGUCCUGAGGCGCGCAGCCAAACUUCUGGUCCAGGUCCAGAGCCGUCCGGGCCUUGGCGAUCUGCUUGCUAACAUUGCGUCCAUGGACUGUGGGGAAUGUGGACUCGUUCAGCCCCGUGUGGUGGUAGAGGCCCAGGAGGUUGUUGUCGAUGUACCUCCUGCUGAAAGACACGGCGGUCGUCUCCACAUCCUUUGACUUCUUUGCAAUACCGUCGAUGGACAUCCACCCGAUGGUCUCAAAGUACCUCCCACUCGCGAUUCCAAAAGUCUUGGCGUCCAAGGUGAUGGCGUCGCGGACAUGGGCGUGGCCAGCGAAGAAGGCGAUUGGUGUGAACCAGUUUUGCUUCCUAAUCUCGCUGUAUAUCUUUUUGAUCUCGUCCAUGCGCAGGCCGAUGUGCCCGAUGACGACAAAGACAUCAGGCUUCUCCCUUAUGGCGGUCUGGAACCACUCCUCCUUGAUGGUCUUGGAAACGGGCUGGACGAUGGAGUUGUUGGCGUUGCCUGUGAAGUCGAACAGGAAGCCAAAGGCCACGACGGUUAGGUUCUGGUUCUUGGUCUGGAACUUCUUGUACCUCGGCGCCAUGGGCACGGCGUGGCCGGUAUUUGGGUCGAGGUAGUCCAGGUUGGAGGCCAGAUAGGUGUCCUUGAAGUUGGGCACGGUCUGGUUCCAUUCACGGGCGACGGUAUCAUGCAGGUAGAGCUCGUGAUUGCCGGUACAGAUGAUAUCGACGUCCUGUUCUUUGAAUAUGUCAUAUGUGUACUGCCCCUUGGGCCGGGAGGCGUCGUACAGGCCGUUGCCCUCGACGCGAUCGCCGGUAUCGACAACAAGCAGGUCGACGCCCUGCUCGUCGGCCUUGUUCCGCAUGUGAUGGGCGAAGGAGACAUAGUCGCCCCAGUCGGCCGAGUAUUGGGACUCUUGCAGGUGGCCGCCGUGCCAGCCAUGGGUAUCUGUGGUGUGCAGGAAGUUGAGCUGUGCCCAUUGGAGGUCGCGCAUGGGGGCGGCGACGGGCUUCGCAGCGCUGGGCUGCAUGGCGUGGGCGGCAGCCGCGAGCAGGCCGCCAGCGAGGAGGGUGCUGGAUAUCAUGUUGGGCGUUUGGGCGUCUGCAGCUGCACGCCGCUGUGGGGUGUGGGUGCGGUGGGAGGCGUUGGAAGACGGGUGAAGCUGUUUGUUAUGCUUCCGCGUUCAAGCACGUGUCUGGUCAUCCAUGGUCCCAGCAGUGGUCAGCCAGACCUGAAUCAGUCAAAGGGGAGAUGUUGAAGCAUGGACGGCAGCAGGAGGUGGCAUUGGGGGGGGGGGUUGGCAUGACGCACGCGGGGCCCAUGUCGGCCGAUAAGAGCUCUUGGAGGGCGGCCGUGUGACCUGAGCACCACAGCAUGCGGUUCCUGGGCCUGCCUGCACCAACAUGCGUAGUGCCCGCAGCCAGUCAACAGUCGGGCCAGUGGGCGGUUGAUACCCCUGCAGGCGGGCAGGCACCUCUCUGCCCAGGGCACCAGGGCAAGGGGCUUGCAAGGGGCACCAGGGCCACCCCCUCGCACGAGUGCUCUUGUGACCUGACGGCAGGACGGGGAAGUGCCGUGCCCUGGUACACAGUGGUGUACUAUGUGG